AGCGUAGUGGCUGCCGCGGGUCCGCUUUACGCUCCUCGAUAAGAUUUUUAUUGCGAAUUAUGCAAAUCUGAAAUCGAACUUUGCGAAGAUUUUGACGAACGACUUCCGCGUGACGAACUGCGUGCCCUUUCGUGUGAUCUGUGCGUGGCGGAGGAAAAGUCCAUUGAGAAAAUGAGUGUUUACGGUGCCGUGGUUUCCCGGUAGUGGAGCGACCGUGGCUGGGUCGGACCCCGUGCCCGUGGUGCUCAGCUCACAGCGUGGGCCGCAUGAAUUUUCGGUGCUUUGACAUUUCGAGCUGCCCCGGUUGACGCGGAGAUGCUGGGAUUUCGUUCCCGAGGAAAUCAAUGAGUGGCUGUUGCCUUGGUGAUAUACCCAUCACCGUCACAAGCGCCUCAAACAAAAGAAAGACGAAGCCUUGUCCAUCUUAUCAGCACAAGAGACAACGAAUUUAACUAAUUUGUGAGAAAUAACCGUGUGCCAGCCUUCAUAUCAGCAUUUGUGUUCAAUUAUACGUAGAGUAGGAGGAGAAUGUACUGGUCGCAACAUGCUUCAAAAUUAUUGAUGGAAUUUCUUGUGGUACGGACAGUAUGACUUGCAAGAAUCGACGAACGACUGAAGUGAGGUCAUAUUCUGGAAGGUUGACAAAUUGCACUUGAACCGGCAUUUGUAAUCUCGACAAUAAACGAAGCGAAGACCAUGUGGUUUAAAUGAACCAGCAAGGAGCCUACUAAAGCUAAACUCAUCUCUAAAAUUAAGCCAUAGCCAAACAAACUGCGCUAGAUCCAGAGCAAAUACGCAAAAGGAGAAUAUCUGAGUAUUUUUAUUGCUCUUAUCAGUAGAUUCGAAUUAGUAAUUCUGUCUAAGUAAAAAUUGAUACUGAGUCAGAUACGAGCGGCCCGAUUCACUAAGCUUUGCGAGUAGAACGACUCUAAACGGCCGGUGGUAUAUAACGCGUUCCCACCCAAGGCUAUGACCCACUCGUGUAGGAAAGCUUUCGUAGUGAACACAUCGAUUCGCUGCGGACAGUAUCUAUAAUCGCGGAAUCAAACAUCCAAUACGUACUAACAACCGUCACAAGUUGCGAAGCUAAGACAGCAUGUAAAAUAGAUACAAACUAAUCCAACCUAACUAAACUAUUCCCCGAGUGGUUCGUAAGAAUAGACAGCAACAAGAGAUAAAUACAUAAAAAUACCUGCGUAGGAUAUAUAUUGCCCGAACUAAUUUAAAUUUAAAAAUAAUCCAGUUAAUUUGAUUCGUUUAUUCACUUUGGAUAAGACGUUGCCGGCUUAGCGGGCCAACUGCAAGUUUAUCUUUUUAAGACGCGUUACUUGAGAGCAGUUUGCCCGCAACUCUCUGUUCAUUUUUCAUUUUCCAUUCCGAAUGUUAAGUUGGGUCAUUUCAUUUCUUUGAAAAAAAAUCUGAAAUUAGUGGGCGCGAGUGAUUAAUAAAUUGCCGUGAGGCGGCGCUGUUCAGUGCACAUAUUUAUCUCUAUAAAAAUAAAAUCGGGCGCUAAAGAUAAAAUAAGAAAUUGCGGAAGAAAAAGUGUGAUUUUAAUAGCAGAUAAGUUUAUAUAUGAGUGGAAUAAAUUAUAAUAUUUAUAUUGUAUGAAAGUUCGUCGGUUAGCAUUCGACUAGUGCGGUAGUGUCCAUGUAAGUUCGAGAUUAGUAGCCAGAAGAACUUCGACACAAUGAAGGAUAUUAAUAUUAGAAGUAUACCAGCGAAUGCGGUUUACAAGAAUGUUGUCAUAAUUGGGAAUGGUCCAAGUGGAUUGGCGCUCUCUUAUAUGUUAGCUGGUAAUUGGCCUUAUUGGAAGCCAGAUAAAAUUACGAAACAUCCGGACGAGUUAUUGAGAGCUCGUUUAAAUUACGCAGAUAGUAAUAAGAGCUUAGUUGUACAAGACUUAGAGGCAUUAGCAGAAGGCUUAGAAGGACGAAGUACAAAUCCUGUUUCGUUACUGUUAGAUAGCUUGGAGCACCCUUGCGCCGACUUAGGUAUGGAAUUGCCGUCAAUGUUGGAGUACAAAGCGAAUCCCAAUACUCAGGUUGACCACAUUGUCCUCGGAAAAGGCCCACCGGGAGGUUCAUGGCAUCGAAUGGAUCCAAACUUGCGAACCCUGUCAUUGGCUGCCUGGAUGUCUUUACCCGGCUACAGUUUCGGAGAUUGGGAAAUCGAACAACACCAAAAACAGGAGUCUCAACUCAAACUCACACAAAAACCUCUUGACCAUAGGAUAAAUGGCGGCGAUGGAGAUUCAGGCUUACGAAAACAGGCGAUCAUGAACAAUACUACGCCGUGUGAAAAGUGUUUAGAGCUACGAACAAAACCAAAACCACAAGAACAAAUCGAAGACUCGAAUAAUUUAUGUUUAGUUAAUAAUAAUGAAUCCGAAAUGGGUGCCUUAUGUUGUAAAUGUACAAAGGAGACGGCACAAAAACCCACGAUAUUGGUAUCACAGUGCGAAAAAGCACUUGCUGAAGAACAAACUAUUGACGAUGAUACGAAUUUGAUAGAAAGUGUAAAUAGCGUAGAAACAAGCACGGACGAUUCGCUACUUAAGGCAACGAUUCCUGUCACUCGAUUGCCACCGAGACGUAACUUGUCUUUGAAACGACAAGUUUCAAAAGAAGUACAAACUAGAGCUCUUGUAUCAAGAGUUGCAAAAUACUACGAGGACUAUGUGAAGAAGGUGAACUUGGAAAAGUACUUUUUGAACGAUACACUUGUGACCAUGAUCGCUCCGAUUCCGGACGGUUGUCCUAUGGGUAAAUUCAAGGCAUCAAGAUGGAUUGUUUAUGGCUUCAACAAAGCUACUUCAAAGACAUUCUGUUUUGUAUGCAAAAAUGUCGUACUAGCCAGUGGCGCUUCAGAUUUACCAAACCGACUAGGCUUACGUAAUGAAGACUACAAUGUUUCCUGGGUGAAACACGAGUUACCGCAAUUAGAAUCUGCCUUGGAAGCAUUUAAUGAUCGGGAGAGAACACAAUUGAAACCUGUACUUGUUGUUGGUGCUGGCUUGAGUGCUGCUGAUGCUGUAACCAUUUGUAGAUCAUCAGAUAUUCCAGUAAUUCAUGUAUUCCGAAGUAGAAGUGCUGGACUAGAUAAAAUGUUACCGGAAAAUGUAUACCCAGAAUAUCAUGAGGUUCACCGAAUGAUGAAGGAUCCAUCGCAAACAUAUGAAAAUUACAUGCCACUUCCUGAACAUCGCAUAUGUGAUUUGGUUAAUGGAAAAGACGGCAUCCAUCAUGUAACCGUCGAACAUAUUACAACAGGGGAACAGAAAACGUUCGAAGUAUCUUUUUGCGCGAUUCUAAUAGGUUCCAGGCCAGAUCUACGAUUCACGAUACCAGCAAUCAAGUGUGCAUCCUUAAAGGGAUCUCCAACAUCGAUCAUUGACUCGCUAAAUGAAAAACUGGAGAAGUCACCGGAACAUCUAUCCAUAUUCGGCCGGAAAAUAUCAUGGUUCAAAAAUAUCUGUGCCAAGUGCAAGCAUUUAAAUAUUUGCGAUUGGAGUCGACGAAACGGAGCCGAAUACGGUAGAAUAUGUAAUCACGUGCAAGGAAAAGUCUGUGACUGCAAUAAAUCGCAAACCGUGAGCCCAGAAACGGAGGUUAAGACGUGUCCAGUCGAUGGCUCGGGGCUCGGAUUGGGUGUCGAUCCUUCGAAGCCAAUUGACUGCAAAUCGAAUCAAAUAGCAGUUGACAAAUAUACCUACCAAGUUUUGCGAGCCCCGAAAGGGCUGUACGCAAUGGGACCACUUGUAGGCGACAAUUUUGUUCGCUUCAUUCCCGGAGGAGCACUGGCCAUUACAACGGCCCUCCACAAGGAGAACGAUUGAAAUUCGGACGGAAGACACAGGGACGUACUUUUGUUUUUUCGCCGACAGAUUUCUGUUAUUCUUUCGUUGGUGCAGAACACAUCAGAUAGGAAUUAAACUCAGAACAUUUGUUCAAGGUGAAAUUUUGUUGGCUGGAUGGUGCUACUGUUGGACCAUUUCUGAAGAUCAGAAAUCAAUUUGGUUAUGUGACGACGAGACGUCGUGAUUUGUUUAAAAUAUUCAACAUCAAAAUAAUAUUAUCUUGGAAAUGUUUAUCUUGUUCAAUAUCCUAAUUCAGUUUUUCUUUCAAAUAAUAAUAAUCAUAAUUGUAAACGAAAAUAACAAUAAUGAUGGCAUCAUUGCACUUUUGUAAAUUUGGAUGAAAUGUUUAAUUAAAUAUUGCAAUGGGAAUUAAUCCGUUAUGGUUGUUGUGUUUCUUUAAAAUUAAUGAUCAUCAAUUUCCAAACACUUGUGUCUUUCUUUGGCGAAAAGAAACGUCUAAAUCACAGGGAGAUCAAUAUCUAUUUUUGUAAUAAGAGAGCGAACAUAUGCAAAGUGAUUUUCUCACACCAGUACUUAUCGUGUCUUGAAAACAACUUUCCACGUCUUUUUGAAUGUACGUAUCUGUUAGGUGUUAAGUUUUUCUCCCAGAACUUACGACUGUCAAUCAAUGUAAGAUAUCCUAUCAUCUCUUCUAUUGUGUUAGAGAAACUUGAAACGUUAUUGUUCAGAAUUGAUUGGUUGAAAAGUUAACUAAAAUUUUGUAUUACUAUGGUUUGUUGAUUUAUCGAAAAAGAAUAAUAAACGUUUUAUUGAAUUCCAGAAAA